AUGGAUCCACACGCUGAGCGCACUCCAUCGCUCACUAACUCUGAUUCUUCAAGAUCCAGCACUUCAAGUGAUCCCGUUUCCAUGGAUCCACCAGUAUUCGACAACAGAGACAGGCCUCUUCCUUCGAUACCCCGUGAAUCAUCUCGAAAAUCAUACCAUAUACCUUUCCCUACUCCAAAGGAAAGACCUGCAUAUCCAAACGACUCACUGCGUUCGGUCAGAAGGCCGACCCUAGUUCAGGACCGUCCACCGCAGCCUGCUUCAUCUUUUGCUAAAUCGUUGGCCUGGAGGAGAAUGCAUCGUACUGCCGUCCAUUCCCUCAAGCAACCACAUAUUCUUGCACGCUUGUUACAGUUCAUGCAAUGGGCUGAUUUUUACGUUCUGCUAUCAACCUGCGCCGAUAUGAGGUUUCUCUGGGAUGCUCGUGAUUUCAGAGAUGUCGUACUAUCCCAUUUCGUCCCGGGCUACAGCUAUGCUCUCAGGCAUAGUAAAUCCUUCAAUUGUCAGGACUUGGACAUUUCCCUUCAAGACCUUGACCUCCUGCUUAUCUCACAACGCGUUCCCCUCCAUCAAUAUCCUGUUCACGCACUCAGGAGCAUAUCGAGCAUACCGCCUAGCCGAGAUUAUGACGCAAAUAUGGCGAAAUUAACCCAUAAACUCGCCCUUCUCUGUCUCACGCAUUCACGAUUCGUACUGCUUCUUCAGUCCCUCGUCCAUAGUUCUCCUCUCCCCCUACCUACCGAUGACGACUCCCAAUUGCAAUCCUCACGAUUUUGCUCGGUUCCCCCUACACUGCCUCAUGGCCUCCGUGAACUUACAUUUCCCGCCCCUCUGUCAUUCGUGGCUGACGCAUCCUCAAAGGCUCUGCCUAGCGCUUAUUUCUCAGGUACUGGAUCUGAUCGGAGGCGGUCUGGCCAGGUAUCGCCUGAUCCCAUGUCAAGGAGCCGAGACCCUUCAAAGCCCAGGACCGCUGUUGACUUCAAUCCGUCGAUAAAUCAACGGAAACAGAGGAAGCUUUCCAUAUUCGGCGGGAAAAACCCUCCGCCCCCUCCACUUUCGGAGCCCCGAUCUCUCAAAUAUUAUGAUGCCAGGUGGCGGCGCACCAUCGCUGACACGCCACCUCAAAUGCCUGCGCAGCUGGGCACGUAUGCGAAUAAUCGGAACGUUAUGUCAGAGGAUGACAUCAGAAAGUCUGUAACGCGUACCCACAGACGCACAGGAUCCAGUGGGAUGUCCAGUACUUCAUCUUCUUCCAGUAGCAGUCCACCCCCACCAAUCCCUCGCCGGGGGGUGCAAGACGCUUUUAGCCUGUCCACUGGCUCCCCACAUGAACUUCACACGGCAACUUCACGAACCCGGGCACCCGUACUGCGCGUAUUCGUACCUUGCACAGGUCUUGUCCCCGAGGCAAUCUCAUUAUGUGAACAACAGCUUAUUGACAACGGUCUCUGGGAACACCUCUCAACCGGGGAUAUCGUCUGCAACUUCGGCUUCGUCCCUGCGGCUCCUGAUUUGGAUGAGACAUCAUCAUCACAAGAAUCUGACAGCGUGCUGCGCAAGUCAUGGCUGCUUUACAAUGGCCACGCGCUUGUUCCGUUCGUUCCUCCUGCACCCCCUCCUGUUGAUGACCCCCUCAGCCUUCCAUCACCGCUGUACUAUUCACAUAUCACGCCUUCGCAUCUUCACCCCCUAUUCGCAUUUGCACCUCCAGGCGGUGGUGGCGUUCCUGAGCUCAACCUAGUACAAACAACGGAACGCGUCCGGUCUCCGCAGUCCCGCGGAGGAUGGGCCGCGGCGAAGAAGUAUAUGUGGGUCGCGCGUGCACGCGUCGGGAUGGGCUUCAUCGAUGUUGACGAUGGACUCGGCGAAGGAUGGCGGGGUGAAUGGAUCCUCGAGACGGAAGGCACACGCGAGGGGCGACAAACGCUCGUAGAUUGUCUUUCAGGGGAAUCAGGGGAGGUUUUCGUGUGGGAGUUUGUGAGGGAAAAGAGCAGCGGUGGGAGAAUAUGGUUAAAGUGGGUGUUCUUCUAUUUUUUUUUGAUUGGUUGGAUGGAUAGGAGUACUGAUCUUAUUGUUCUAGGCUUGUACGACCGUUACAACCCCCUUCGGACUCGUCAGUGGACAUUCAUAUGUUACAAUCCUGAGGACUUUUAUCACUGGUUAGAGAACAGUUUUACUUUUACUGCAUCGCCAUAUCAUUGCUACUUCGGACCCUGCAUUAGGAUUGGCUCUAUUUCUUCAUGA